AUGCUCGGCAUGUGGCGAGACAAAAACGACAUCGGUUCACCGGGUUUGCUGUGGGACUACAUCUUCGUCGGGGGAGGCCUCUCGGCCUCCGUCACCUCCAACCGCCUACUCCGUCAUGACCCGGCGCUCAGGAUCCUGGUCGUCGAGGCUGGCGCGGAUGCAAGCAAUGAUCAGAGCAUAGUCUACCCCAACUCGACCAACCUAAUAGGCGGCGAGUACGACUGGAAAUACAAGACCGUCCCGCAAGUUCACCUCGACGGGCGGCAAAUCGACCUACCUUGCGGAAAGGGACUCGGUGGCGGCACGGUCAUCAAUUCAGGAGGAUGGAGUCGUGGCGCGAGGCGAGACUAUGACCUCUGGGCAGAGACGGUGGGCGAACAUCGCUGGAGUUACGACGGCCUGCUCCCGUACUUUCGCGAGACCGAGAGAGUCGCGAACGCCUCCGUCAACCCCGAGCAGCACGGUACGCAAGGGCCCGUUUCCGUCCAAGGCGUGGUCUCGACGAAUCGCGAGUACCCUCUGCGCGAAAAGGUGCUCGAUUCCUGGAAGGCCAUCGGGAUCGACAUGCUGCCAUGCUUGGACGGCAACGCGGGCGAGCCCAACGGCGUCGGUGACUUGUUCGAGAACAGGCACGAGGGUCGUCGCCAGAUCGCUUCCGUCGUGUACCCUCUCGACGGCAUCUCGGUGUUGACCGACACGUUGGUGGCCAAGGUCCUCCUGGAGCCCGACGCCGACGCUGACAGACCGCAGCGUGCGGUUGGCAUCCAGCUUGGCAACGGAACGGAGGUUAGAGGUAGGGAGGUCAUCCUGUCUGCCGGUGCGGUGCGCACUCCUCAGAUUCUCAUGCUGUCUGGCAUCGGGCCGCCGUCAGAGCUGGCCAAGCACGGCAUCAUUGCCAAGGUCGAUGCGCCGGAUGUUGGGCGGCACCUGGCUGACCACGGCCUGUUUCGCGUCAUGUGGAAGCUGAAGGAUCCCUCGGCCGGACACGCACUCGGCUCGGACAACCCUCUGUUCAGCGAGACGCGGCAUGGCUGGGGCACUCCCUCUGAUUUCCUGGUGUCAGCUGGUGUCAGCGACAAGGACGGCCUCGCACGUGCCAUUGAAGAGGACGAGGGCUGCAAACCUGACCCCGAAACGCAUCCUCUGCUGAGUCAGGAUCGCACAUUCAACGAAUACAUUCUCCUGUAUGCCGGAUUGCCCGACGGAUCGACGAUCAGCACGGCCAGGAUCAAUCUUCUGCCGACAUCACGGGGCACCGUCAAGCUCGCAUCUGCAGAUGUGAAGGACGCGCCGCUGAUCGACCCCAACUACCACGCGACAGCAGUGGACAGAUUUGUUGCGCGGGAUGGAAUGCGACGAUUACUUGCGUUGACCGAGGGACAGACGCCGCUCGGUCGUGAUGUCCUUGCCGGCGAUGCGGGUGCUCCGGGCUUCGACAAGGUCUUCACGACCGACUCUACAGAUGAGUACAUUGAGAAGCGCUUCGCCGCAGGUCUAGGAUCAACGUACCACCCCAUGGGUACAGCGGCGAUGGGCAAGGUUGUCGACGCAGAGUUGCGUGUGAAGGGAGUGGCAGGGCUGCGUGUCGUGGACACCUCUGUCUUUCCCGUGGCCAUCACGGCUCAUUUGCAGGUCGCGACAUAUGCCAUGGCCAACUUGGCGGCGGACAUUAUUUACGAGGAGCGUAAAUGCCGGAAUUAG